AUGGGUUAUAAACAACACAAUGGACUGGCGGGUUAUACUGGCUAUUUUUUGUCUGAUUGUGAUCCCAUACGCAAGUGGGCAGUCCUCAAACAAUUCGACAGAGAGCACAUCCACAAACAACUCGACGACCAACAGUUCUACCCCGAGCACAUCCACAAACAACUCGACGACCAACAGUUCUACCCCGAGCACAUCCACAAACAGCUCAACGACAAACACUUCGACAGAAAAUACGUCCACAAACAACUCGACGACAAACACUUCCACCCCGAGCACGUCCACAAACAGCUCGACGACAAACACUUCGACAGAGACUACGUCCACAAACAGCUCGACGACAAACACUUCGACAGAGAUUACAUCCACAAACAACGCGACGACAAACACUUCCACACCGAGUACUUCUACAAACAGCUCGACGACAAACACUUCCACCCCGAGCACAUCCACAAACAGCUCGACCACAAACACUUCGACAGAGACUACGUCCACAAACAGCUCGAUGACAAACACUUCCACCCCGAGCACGUCCACAAACAGCUCGACAUCAAACACUUCCACCCCGAGCACUUCUACAAACAGCUCGACGACAAACACUUCGACAGAGAUUACAUCCACAAACAACUCGACAACAAACACUUCCACCCCAAACACGCCCACAAACAACUCGACAACAAACACUUCCACCCCAAACACGCCCACAAACAACUCGACGACAAACACUUCCACACCGAGUACUUCUACAAACAGCUCGACGACAAACACUUCCACCCCGAGCACAUCCACAAACAGCUCGACCACAAACACUUCGACAGAGACUACGUCCACAAACAGCUCGAUGACAAACACUUCCACCCCGAGCACGUCCACAAACAGCUCGACAUCAAACACUUCCACCCCGAGCACGUCCACAAACAACUCGACAACAAACACUUCCACCCCGAGCACUUCUACAAACAGCUCGACAACAAACACUUCCACCCCAAGCACGUCCACAAACAGCUCGACGACAAACACUUCGACAGAGAUUACAUCCACAAACAACUCGACAACAAACACUUCCACCCCAAACACGCCCACAAACAACUCGACAACAAACACUUCCACCCCAAACACGCCCACAAACAGCUCGACGACAAACACUUCCACCCCGAGCACAUCCACAAACAGCUCGACGACAAACACUUCGACAGAGACUACGUCUACAAACAGCUCGACGACGAACACUUCCACCCCGAGCACGUCCACAAACAGCUCCACGACGAACACUUCCACCCCGAGCACGUCCACAAACGGCUCGACGACAAACACUUCCACCCCGAGCACGUCCACAAACAGCUCGACGACAAACACUUCCACCCCGAGCACGUCCACAAACAGCUCGACGACAAACACUUCCACCCCGAGCACAUCCACAAACAGCUCCACAACAAAUACUUCCACCCCGAGCACGUCCACAAACAGCUCCACAACAAACACUUCCACCCUGAGCACGUCCACAAACAGCUCCACAACAAACACUUCCACCCCGAGCACGUCCACAAACGGCUCGGCGACAAACACUUCCACCCCGAGCACGUCCACAAACAGCUCGACCACAGACACUUCCACCCCGAGUACUUCUACAAACAGCUCGACGACAAACACUUCCACCCCGAGCACAUCCACAAACAGCUCGACCAUAGACACUUCCACCCCGAGCACGUCCACAAACAGCUCGACAACAAACACUUCCUCCCCCAGCACAUCCACAAACAGCUCGACCACAAACACUUCCACCCCGAGCACGUCCACAAACAGCUCGACGACAAACACUUCCACCACGAGCACGUCCACAAACAGCUCCACAACAAACACUUCCACUCCGAUCACGUCCACAAACAGCUCCACAACAAACACUUCCACCCCGAGCACAUCCACAAACAGCUCGACCACAAACACUUCCACCCCGAGUACUUCUACAAACGGCUCGACGACAAACACUUCCACCCCGAGUACUUCUACAAACAGCUCAACAACAAACACUUCCACCCCGAGUACUUCUACAAACGGCUCGACGACAAACACAUCCACCCCGAGCACGUCCACAAACAGCUCCACGACAAACACAUCCACCCCGAGCACAUCCACAAACAGCUCAACAACAAACACCUCCACCCCGAGCAUGUCCACAAACAGCUCAACAACAAACACUUCCACCCCGAGCAUGUCCACAAACAGCUCGACCACAAACACUUCCACCCCGAGUACUUCUACAAACAGCUCGACGACAAACACUUCCACCCUGAGUACUUCAACAAACAGCUCAACAACAAACACUUCCACCCCGAGUACGACCACAAACAGCUCGACCACAAACACUUCCACCCCGAGUACGUCCACAAACAGCUCGACCACAAACACUUCCACCCCGAGUACUUCUACAAACGGCUCGACGACAAACACAUCCACCCCGAGCACGUCCACAAACGGCUCGGCGACAAACACUUCCACCCCGAGCACGUCCACAAACAGCUCGACCACAGACACUUCCACCCCGAGUACUUCUACAAACAGCUCGACGACAAACACUUCCACCCCGAGCACGUCCACAAACAGCUCGACCAUAAACACUUCCACCCCGAGCACGUCCACAAACAGCUCGACAACAAACACUUCCUCCCCCAGCACAUCCACAAACAGCUCGACCACAAACACUUCCACCCCGAGCACGUCCACAAACAGCUCAACGACAAACACUUCCACCACGAGCACGUCCACAAACAGCUCCACAACAAACACUUCCACCCCGAGCACAUCCACAAACAGCUCGACCACAAACACUUCCACCCCGAGUACUUCUACAAACAGCUCGACGACAAACACUUCCACCCCGAGUACUUCUACAAACGGCUCGACGACAAACACAUCCACCCCGAGCACGUCCACAAACAGCUCCACUACAAACACAUCCACCCCGAGCACGUCCACAAACAGCUCCACGACAAACACAUCCACCCCGAGCACAUCCACAAACAGCUCAACAACAAACACUUCCACCCCGAGCAUGUCCACAAACAGCUCAACAACAAACACUUCCACCCCGAGCAUGUCCACAAACAGCUCGACCACAAACACUUCCACCCCGAGUACUUCUACAAACAGCUCGACGACAAACACUUCCACCCUGAGUACUUCAACAAACAGCUCAACAACAAACACUUCCACCCCGAGUACGUCCACAAACAGCUCGACCACAAACACUUCCACCCCGAGUACUUCUACAAACGGCUCGACGACAAACACAUCCACCCCGAGCACGUCCACAAACAGCUCGAUGACAAACACUUCCACCCCGAGCACGUCCACAAACAGCUCCACGACAAACAUAUCCACCCCGAGCACGUCCGCAAACAGCUCCACGACAAACACAUCCACCCCGAGCACGUCCACAAACAGCUCGACGACAAACACUUCCACGCCGAGCACGUCCACAAACAGCUCGACGACAAACACUUCCACCCCGAGCACGUCCACAAACAGCUCGACCACAAACACUUCCACGCCGAGCACGUCCACAAACAGCUCCACGACGAACACUUCCACCCCGAGCACAUCCACAAACGGCUCGACGACAAACACUUCCACCCCGAGCACGUCCACAAACGGCUCGACGACAAACACUUCCACCCCGAGCACGUCCACAAACAGCUCCACGACGAACACUUCCACCCCGAGCACAUCCACAAACAGCUCGACGACAAACACUUCCACCCCGAGCACAUCCACAAACAGCUCGACGACAAACACUUCCACCCCGAGCACGUCCACAAAUAGCUCGACGACAAACACAUCCACCCCGAGCAUGUCCACAAACAGCUCGACGACAAACACUUCCACCCCGAGCACGUCCACAAACAGCUCGACGACAAACACUUCCACCCCGAGCACGUCCACA